AUGCGAAAUGAACAAUUUGCAAAUAAGACUUUUAUUUCGGAAGAACAUCUGGAGCAAGUCUGGAAUACGUUAUUAAGCACGCGUUAUGAGGAACUAGAGUUCAGUUUUAAAAAUAUUGCAUUCUUUCUAAAAAAUCCAUUUUAUCCAGCCUUUUUUUAUCCAAACUAUUGUGAAUUUAAAGAAUCUUUUGCCAUGCAACGAAAUUUACCAGAAAAUCAUAAUGGCACACUUUCGGAUCUUCUAGAUAAACAUUAUUCGGAUUUCCUAAAGGAGCCUUUGC